GGCCUUCAGACGACACACUUCAGACGACACAAGUAUUGUUUUGUGUCGUCUGAGUUUUUCAGACGACAUAAUUUUUUUUUAUGUUGUCUGAAUAUAGGCUAAAACCAUACGAGUUCAAUUUGGAAAAAUGACCAGCAUUCAGACAACACAUUUUUGUUGUUGUAAAAAAUGAUGAUUUCCUAUCUCAAAUUUGGAGGGAUAUCCAAAAUUUGAUCAAGUACUUUUCCCUCUCUAAUAGCCAAGCUCUAGUUGACUAGAAAAUGUUGUGACAUUCAGACAACAUUUAAAUGUCGGACUGUAGUGCUUGUUUUAAAAUAUUCUAGGUUAUUUUGACUUGUGCCUCGCAAAUAAGUCAUUUUCUGUCCUUCUCACUCGAUCUGCUCUCUCAGCUCGACCUAGACCUCGCGAAACUGAAAAUCUCAAAAACCAGCCUCUCUCAUCCUCACUCAGCUCUCUCAGAUCUCGAUUCUCACCCUCUCCUUCGUCUUCUCACUCUCUCGAUUCUUCUUCUUAAUCUCUCCCUCUUCUUCUUAGUUUCGAUUUUAGGGUUUGAUUUCGAUUAGGUUUUUCUUCUAUUUAGGGAUGGGGACCUGUCCAUCACCACAAGUCUUUCACUUCCCAAGAACUAAAUCACAGAGCAGGGGCGGAUUCAGCCCUGACUGGGUAGGAUUCAAGCCCCAUCGCCGAACUCGGUUGGAGAAUUGGAGCACUCCCGAGUCCCGACCCGAACACGGAAGAUGGAACACAGAACACAACAACCUGCAAGGCUACAACCAGCAACCCGUCUCCGCCAGUCCGCCUCUGCAAUCUCUGAGCUUCGCCUCCAGGCUCCAGUGUUUUCAAUCUGCUGGGUGACUGUUGCAGUAAGGAAAAGAUCGUCUCCCAUUACUUGUCAGCCGUUUUCAAUCUCAGCAAAGAACUCAAAGCCGCCAUUGACGUGCUUCCAAGGUUUGCGUCGCGGUCCAAACGACGUUAUCGUCAAGCCAAGGAGGGAUUCUCCAGGCCUUAUCUUCUCCAGGCCUCUACCAAGAUGGCUUUGGAAUCCUAUACAUUUGGACCGUUCAAAAUCGACAGCAUGGAAGUGUUUCACAGCUCUAAUCUAUCAUAUGCCUUGGAUAAUCUGUGCCAUGUUGUUCCUGAUGAACAAAAUACGGCAGGAGCUGCAGUCAUAUUCGUCAAAUGGACCAAUUACAAUUGUGACUGGGAGUCGAACAGGUGCUAGCAGAUAUGGUAUAAUUAUUGUUGCAGUAGUGGCAGGAUAUGGCUACUUUUGGUGGAAGGGGUGGAAACUUCCUGAUAUGAUGUUUGCAACAAGACGUAGCUUAGCUGAUGCUGGCAAGUCUUUUUCUAAACAGAUUGACGGUGUCUUUUCAUCGAUUUCAGUCACCAAGCGACAAUUAUCUUCAAACUUGGAUGGUGUGGACUGUAAUUUAGCUGAGAGUAUUGAAACUACUGUUAGGACACAACAGGAGGUUAUUGAACUACAAGGAAAAACAGAUUCCAUCAGCACGGAUUUUAGAAAAGUUCAACAUGCAGUGCUGACUCUGGAAACUAAGAUUAACAUAAUAGAAGGCAAGCAGGAUUCAACUAAUGACAGAGUGUGGAGGUUGUGUGACUAUGCCAAGAGAUUGGAAAAUAGCAGAGCCACAGAACGUAUUCAGGCAUGUAUUGAACUCUUCCUGUGAACACUACUGGCAGACCAUUUCUUAUGUCUUAUUUAAUAGAAUUUUAGGUUCUGUUUCGGUCUAACGAUUGAUUUCAUCAUGGUUGUAUGAAAAAUUCAAUACUUAUGUCUUAUUAGAAUGUAGAAAUAAGUAUAAAGUUGCAAUCUUUUUUUUUUUUGGUUUCUUUUGACCCAUUUCCCUUUUUUCUGUGCACGUCGUAUCCUUUUGUAUGGUGUUUCGAGUUGAGGCAAGGCAUUGUUUUGCUUAUGAAAGUUUGGUAGAAUUUUUGUGUUUAUCUGCUUGUGAAUGUGCAUUGAGGGAUUUUGUUUUUGAUUGAGAUUGUGGCGAGGCAAUACGGAGCUCUAUGGGAAGUAGAACAUGUAGAUUGCAGGUAAUCUCAGCCUGGUGGAUUUGGGAGUGUUCACUGAUGCCAAAUUCUUUCUCAAUUUCAUAUAUGUUCUCCUAAUGAUAUUAUUACUCUCUUAAAUCUAGAACAUGCCUUUCAUGUCAACAAAAGACCUAAAGCAUGAACUAAUCAUAACUUUGGCAUAUCUUAGAUCUCUGUUAUACAUAACUUAAUUUACUGUAAUGGUGAUGGUGUUGGUAAUUCAUGGAGCAGUAAAUUAUGUUUUGAGGGAAUAAAGCAAGCCUUGGUACUUAGAAUUAAUUACUAAACUGUACAAAGACAUUGAUGAAUAAGCAUGACUUAGUUUUGUAAAGUUUUAGACCAUCAGUGUACCCGUCACUUCGAUCUUCU